AUGUUUGCUAUAAAAAUCUGCAGAGCUCACAGAACAACCUCAAUAACUGCGUCUGUUGUUUUGGCUGGAAUUAUACCGCUAGAUCUGCGAAUUAAAGAACACGCGCAUCAGUACGAGAUAAAAAGAGGUAAAACUCUAGAUUUACUAAACAGCCAAAAGAUAGAAGGAAAAAUAAGCUCCUUCACGCUACCACAUCCGGCUGAAACAGUAAACAUCCGGUUUAGCUUGAUCACUUCUCAAGAAGAAAUAAGGGAAGAUAUAGAGAGCUUUAACUAUUACACAAACGGCAGCAAGCUAAAUGGAGGGGUUGGCUGCGGAAUUUCACGCUGGAAAAACGGUGUCGAAAUUAGCGGAAAUAAUUUUAAACUGACCCACUACUGCUCUGUAUAUCAAGCUGAAUUGCUAGCAAUCUUUAAGGCCACUGAAAUUAUUAUACAUGAAAAUGACCUAAACAGCUCAAUCUACAGCGACUCUAGAUCAUCCCUAGAAGAAAUAUCCAACUCAAAGACGGAACACCCCAUAGUAUAUAAAAUACACGAAAAUAUCAAGGAAAUAAAGCGAUGCAACCAGCAUAUAAGAUUUUACUGGGUCAAGGCACACAACAGUAUACUAGGGAAUGAACGUGCAGAUGAACUUGCCAAGGAAGGAGCCCUAAGCAAUGAACUGAUUCCUAUAUAUGACAGUUUUCCAAUAUCUUACGCAAGAAACUCCAUCAGAGCCGCAACCAUAGAGACUUAG